CACACUCGAAGUCCGAGAUCCAGCCCCUUCCGAAUAGUCAGCGACUGUGGAGCCGCCUUCGCCAUGGGCACCAUAGGUGGUGGCAUUGUACAUUCAUACAAAGGAUAUCGAAAUGCUCCAUCAGGAUAUACUCGCAAAAUAGUAAGUGCAAUGGCUAACUGCCGUCAAAGGGCUCCACUUGUCGGCGGGGCUUUUGCCAUAUGGGGCGGCAUGUUUACCGCAGUGGAUUGCACUUUGGUCUUCGCCCGUCAGAAAGAAGAUCCGUGGAACUCGAUCACCAGUGGUGCUAUUACUGGGGCUGUUCUAGCCGUCCGUCAUGGACCCGCAGCCAUGGUCGGUCAGGCCGUCGUGGGGGGCGUUAUUCUGGCCAUAAUUGAGGGGUCAACUGUGUGUCUUGUUGCCAUGAGAUGUUUUGCAACAGAUGAUCCUGGAUUUCUUAACUGA